AUGUAUGAGGACGAAGAACUUUCUGAACUAUCUGAAGAAGAUGAGUUGGCAAAUGAUGCCCAAGGUUCAAGCACCCGCAAGCAUAGAGGUGCAAGCGGUGGAUAUACCAUACAGAAAGCAUUAAAACCACCUCGGGCUACGACGUACACUGCUCAGGCUCUAUAUGACCAGAUUCAUAACUCCGAUAUCGACCUUGAACCAGAAUACCAGCGAGAUGUUGUCUGGACAAAAGAAAAGCAGACCAACCUUAUCGACUCUAUCCUCAGAAACUUUUAUAUUCCCCCCAUAAUUUUUGCGGUAGAAACCCACGAAGACGGGUGGGAAUCGAAAACUUGUAUCGACGGAAAGCAAAGGUUAACGAGCAUUCAACGUUUCAUGGAUGGAUUGGUGACUCGCUUACGUUCUAUUGGCAGAUAUACAGGAGAAAAAUUGUGGUUCAAAAACGACCCUUCGGAAUCUUCCAAAAAUGCUGCAAAACGCAAAAUAUUGCCUGACAAAUACAGGCAGAUGUUUUCAAAUAAGCAAGUCGUGUGUGUUGAGUAUUCCGGUUUGACUGCUGCAGACGAGAGAGAUAUUUUCCAACGUGUACAAUUAGGCAUGGCUCUCACCUCUGCUGAGAAACUGCAUGUCAUCACUACUCCUCGUGCGCGAUUCAUUCGUGACCUCCUCGAAGAAUUCGUUUCUGAAACAACCUUGGGCUCCCCUAAUAUCCCUUGGGACAAGAGCCGCGGCUCGGAUUUUCGCUGCAUCUCUCAAGCUGUCUAUCUGAUGGACAAAUGGCCCACUACAAAAAGUGGGGCGGCCCUCAAGCAUGCAGGUAGCUUGCCACUAGUCGAGAAGUGGUUAUCAAGUACUGGCGUGGAUAAAAAAAGUGGCAAAUCAGCCGGUGGUGACGAUGAUGACUAUGGCACUAUUCCGGACGCAUUUGCGAAGAGGGUCAAGGAAGCAUAUUCACUGAUGGUUUCACCGAUUGAGAUGAUUUGUUUUUCCCUUCUCAUCUACGUUCAUGGCGUCCUCCCAUCUCCCAAUCACAAAAUGGAUCUCGCUGAACUCAGUCAGGCUAUCCAGGAUAUGCGUCACGAUGUCCGUGGCCAACACAAGGAUAUCCGUAUGAAUGAUCGUGUCGGCAAAACAAUGAUAGAGUUCAUUCAAUCUAUCGGGGGUGUGUCGAAAGGGAAGAAUGAGUCUAUCUCUGCCCCAGCUCCGAGUGCCAAAGCCAAAGGAAAACGCCGACGUGUCUCAGACUCGAACAUUGAAGAGGAGGAUGAGGACUAUCAGCCUCGGAAGCGGUCUUCUCAGUUAAGAAAAGCAAAAUCACAAACUGCUAUUCGCUCGAAGCCAGCUAAUACUGGAGCCACUUCGCGCACAGAUAACUUAGCGAAAGCAAGGGCGGCAAAAGCCGCAUCGAAAUCGUCUCGCAGCGCACAGCGUCCGUCUCCGCCUAAUCCACAAGGACUUCCUUCCCCCAGCAAUGUCUCUGAUGCCGUGGUGAAAUCAGAGCCUGGAAGCGGCGAAUCCCGAACCCCUGUUCCCCAACAGUCUAUGGCUCAAAUCUCUCAGCCCCCCAUCCCUCAACUCGCCAUGCCCCCUACGCCGCUACCGGUGCCCAUGAAUAUAUCGCCGGAAUUGAUGUUGCUCUAUAACCAGAUGCAUCCUAAUCAACUACAAGCAAUGAUGGCAAACCUGAUGAUGGGUAAUCCGUCGCAAGGAAUGCUUGGGAUGCAGGGAAUGGGUGCUACUCAGUAA